AUGGACAUCAAGGAAGCUUUGUGUGGUAGCGCCGCUGGUCUGGUGGAGACGCGGCAGACGCCUCUCCGGCGAGCGGUGACCACGGGCGCCCGGCCCUCCCGCCGCUCCGAGAGCUGCAUUGAAGGCAUCGCCGGCCGGCGUGAAACACGGGAGCGGUCUGUAGACGAGACACUCCAGAGCGACCUGCUUUUUCUACAAAAAGAGAAAGAAGAAUUUAAGCCCAAAGGAGAAAGGAAAAGCGACAGCCUGCUGGGGAAGGUGGCCUCUGAGCGGCAGAAGCUGCGGAACACCUUCGAGGAGCUGCAGCAGUUCCUGCGGGAGCAGGAGGGCGUCCUGCUGGCCCGGCUCGACCAGGCGCGCGAGGAGCUCACCACAGAGCGCCGCAAAUACGUCUCCAGCGUUUUGGAGAGGAAAUCGCUGCUGGACACGCUGAUUGCCGAGAUAGAGAAGAAACGCGACCAGCCGGUGGUGGAAUUCCUUACGGAUGUCAGCAAAACCCUGAGCAGCUGCGAGGUGGCGAAGACCCCAAUCCCGGAGCCGGUUUCCCCAGAGCUGCAGAGGACCGUGAAGAGCCUCUCUGAGAUGAGCCAGCUGGUCAUGGGUGCGGUGGCCAAAUUCAAAGUGAACCUGAUGAGCGAGGUGGACAGAGAAAGGGUGAAGGUGAUACUGGACCCGGAGACGGCAAGCCCAUAUCUGAUCCUCUCGAAAGACUGCAAAACCGUGCGGCUGGCAGAUGGACAGCAAAACCUCUUCGACACCCCCAAGAGAUUCACGGGCAGCCCCAGCGUCCUGGGCUCCCAGGGGUUCACGGCCGGGAGGCAUUACUGGGAGCUGGAGGUGGGGGAUGGGGACAGCUGGGCCGUGGGGGUGGCUGUGGAGUCCGUGCGAAGGAAGGACUCGCUCACCAUGGCCAUGGGGAAGAUCUGGGCCCUGAGGCUGGACUGGGAUCACCAGUACACGGCGCUCCACAUGCCCCCCGCCCCGCUGACACUGAAGGAGCAGCUCCGGCGGAUCAGAGUCCACCUGGACUACGAAGCGGGCCAAGUGACCUUCUACAACGCGGAGAACAUGACGCAGAUCUUGCAGUUCAAUGCCUCCUUCACCGAGAAGGUCUUCCCAUACUUUUGGCUCUGGUCACAAGAAACCUACAUCCAGCUGUGUGCCUGA